AUGGCGGCCCCCGUUAAGCUGUGGCUGUGAGGUUUGAAUUUGUGCAUUUGCUGCAUUUUUGACUAUGGCGUCUCCGGCUUUGUGCGAAUCACGUAGGAGCCCAGACGAGCUCUCUGGAGACCCCUCUUUACGAGAAUAUGAGGAUCGUAAAUCUGAAGAUCGAGUCAGCGACUCGGGUUCAUACACCUCAGCGAGUAGUGACUAUGAUGACCUAGAACCAGAAUGGCUAGAUAGUGUACAGAAAAAUGGAGAACUGUUUUAUUUGGAAUUGAGUGAGAAUGAAGAAGAAAGCUGCCUUCCUGAAAUACCACCAACGGUGAACCAUGUUAGAUUCAGUGAAAAUGAGAUUAUCAUUGAAGAAGAUGAUUACAAAGAAAGAAAAAAGUAUGAACCCAAACUCAAGCAAUUUACCAAAAUUUUAAAAAGUAAAAGACUUUUGCCCAAGCGCUAUCAUAAAAAAAACAGCAAUGACAAUGGGCCAGUAUCCAUUUUAAAACAGUCUAAUCAGAAAACAGGGGUUGUUAUCCAACAGCGGUACAAAGAUGUGACUAUUUAUGUAAACCCCAAAAAACUAACUGUCACCAAAGCCAAAGAGCAGCUCAAACUUCUGGAAGUGCUGGUUGGAAUUAUCCAUCAGACCAAAUGGAGCUGGAGAAGAACGGGAAAGCAGGGCAAUGGAGAGAGACUUGUGGUCCACGGCCUGUUGCCAGGAGGAUCUGCUAUGAAGAGUGGUCAGAUUCUCAUUGGUGAUGUGCUUGUUGCCGUCAAUGACGUUGAUGUGACCUCUGAAAACAUAGAAAGAGUUUUGUCUUGCAUUCCUGGACCUAUGCAGGUGAAACUGACACUUGAAAAUGCAUAUGCUGUGAAAAAGGAAAAAACCCAGCCAAGAAAGAAAAAGGCACAGCUGAACACAAAUGAUUUAGUCAAACUUUUAUGGGAAGCAGAGGGUGAAGACAGCCUUCAGAAUACCCUCAACACUCCCCAUAUCAUCAUGUAUCUCUCACUACAGCUCAGCUCAGAAACAUCAAAGGAAGAGCAAGAAAUUCUUUAUCAUUAUCCAAUGUCUGAAGCAUCUCAGAAACUUAAAAGUGUGAGAGGAAUUUUUCUCACACUCUGUGACAUGCUGGAAAAUGUAACGGGGACACAAGUGACUAGCUCAUCCCUCAUUUUAAAUGGAAAACAAAUUCAUGUAGCUUAUUUAAAAGAAUCUGAGAAGUUGCUGUUAAUUGGCCUGCCUGCUGAAGAUGCCUUUUGCCAGGUUGAGAAUGUUCCCCGUUUGGACUAUUUUUUCAACUUACUCUUUCAAAGAGCACUUCAGCCUGCUAAACUCCAUUCCAGUGCCAGUCCCAGUGUUCAACAGUAUGACGCUGACAGUGCAGUACUUUUAGACAGUCUCCCUGGAGUUCGGUGGCUUACACUUCCACAGGAAAUCAAGAUGGAACUAGACACAGCAUUAAGUGACUUGGAGGCUGCAGAUUUUGCAGAACUGUCUGAAGAUUACUAUGACAUGAGACGUCUAUAUACAAUUUUGGGGUCUUCUCUAUUUUAUAGGGGCUAUUUGAUAUGCAGUCAUUUGCCUAAGGAUGACCUCAUUGAGAUUGCUCUUUACUGUCGCUACUAUGGGCUGCUGCCUUUAGCAGCAAAACAAAGAAUUGGUCAGUUGAUAAUAUGGAGAGAAGUAUUUCCUCGUCAUCACCUCCAGCCUUCUUCAGCCUCAAACACUGAAGUCUUUCAGGAACCUGAAGGGAGAUAUUUUUUGCUAAUUGUUGGAUUGAGACAUUAUAUGUUAUGUGUAUUAUUAGAAGCUGGAGGCUGUGCAUCCAAAGCUAUUGGAAAUCCUGGCCCAGACUGUAUAUAUGUGGAUCAAGUCAGAACUACUCUUCACCAGCUAGAAGGAACAGAUUCCCGUAUAGAUGAACGGCUAGCAUCUGCGCCAAGCCCCUGUUUGUCAUGUGCUGACUGGUUCCUUGCUGGGCCACAGGAAAAAGCAGAUGGUCUAGCCACUUCACCUAUCCUUAGUAGACUACAAGGUACUACGAAAACUGCAACCUCUCCAACAUGCAGAAGAAUCCUUUUUGCUGACUAUUCUCUAAAGACACGGAAGCCUAGUCCCUCCCGAAGCAGUGGGGGAUGUGACAAUGAUUGUGAAGCUGGAGAAGGGCCUGGCCUUAGCCCUCACCCUACACCUGAAGUAGUACGAAAACAAAGAGAAACUCAGGGGUCUGAUGGUUCAGAAGAAAGUGGGGCCUUCCUUAAGGGUACUAAAAAGAAGUCUACCCUUCCAAAUCCAUUUCACUUGGGAAACUUGAAAAAAGAUCUUUCAGAAAAAGAACUGGAAAUGUAUAACACAAUGAAAUUGACAUCUGGUCCUGAGAACACACUUUUCCACUAUGUUGCCUUAGAAACAAUACAAGGAAUCUUCAUUACACCUACUCAUGAAGAGGUGGCACAGCUAGGUGGCUCUGUACACUCCCAACUUAUAAAAAAUUUCCAUCAGUCUUGUCUUUCCAUUCGUGCACUUUUCCAAAAGGCACUGGUAGAAGAGAAAAAGAAAGCAGUAAAUGGCACAAAUCAUCUGGAUUCUACAAACUCAGUGUCUUCUUUGAAUCCUGUGAAAGAACACGGUGUGUUGUUUGAAUGCUCACUUGAAAACUGGACUGAUCAGAAAAAAACACCACCAGUUAUGGCCUACUGGGUCAUAGGGAGACUCUUUCUUCAUCCAAAACCUCAAGAACUUUAUGUCUGUUUUCAUGACUCAGUCACAGAAAUUGCUAUUGAAAUGGCUUUUAAAUUAUUUUUUGGAUUAACUGUGUAGUUGAGUUUUUAUGAUAUAUAGCAAUACAUGCGUAGAGCACAGAAUAGUGAAAAUUGCUUAAAUCUAUACACAAAGAAAAGGUUUAGCUUUUUUCACUGUUCAAUGUUGACAUAAUUUUGUUAAAUAGUAAGAUGAUGUGUUGUUGGAUUUGAUGCAUCAAUUUUAUGUAGUGCUGUGAGACUUUAGAUGAUACUUGAUCCAAACAUGAAGGGAGUAUUAAUUUAUUGUCACCUUGGUACAUAAUGUUAACUUAUUGUCUAAUUUAAAAUAAUGUGAAGUGUUUCAUAUAAAAUUAAUAGUAGAAGUCCUCAUUGUGGGGACACACCUAAUUUGUUAUUUUUCUCAAAACUAACUGAUACCUGGUAAAAAAAUCAAGACAUUGGGAGGAGGUGACCAGAUUCUAUAAUUAAUUAGUAUGAUGACAUGAGAAAGUAUUUGUACCUCUCUGAGCUUAGUUUUUUUGUACCAGUGAGAUUAUUCACUGACAUUUUGAAAAAUCCUAAGUAAAAUAUGCUAUUAUUUUAUUCUCUUUGCCUCGUAGUUAGUACUAAAUUAGUAAUGUUUGAAGUACUGAUUUCCUAAAAGAUCAAAUACUUUUCAUUUAAGUAUAUUAAUAGGUACCUCAAAUUCAGGGGAAGAUAGGAAAGAUGAAAAGCAAACUUACUUUUACUUACUUGAUUGUUUGCUCUCUUAAGUAAGCUCAGUUUUUUACUAAGAUACAUUUUUUAA